AUGGCUGUAACCAAAUCCGAGCCUGCAGCGCCGCCGCAGCCCAGCAUUGGCGUGCCGGCGGUCGCCGUCGUCUCGGGAUCCUUUCUCUCAGGCGCCAUGAUCAGUCUCUCGGCGUUCGUCGUGCCCGUGUUCCUCGACACCAACACCGACGCAGGCCACAUGCUUCGACAGUGGACGCGCCUGUACCACUACGGCCACAUUUACCUGCCAGCGCUCUGCGUCGCGACGUGCGGACUGUACGGCUACGCAGCGCUGCGCAAGCGCGCCGCCAGCAGCUACAGCCCGCAGUGGUCGCGCUACGCUACGGCGGCGGCCGCCACGCUCGCCAUGGUGCCAUUCACGUGGUACGUCAUGAUGCCGACCAACGACAUCCUGUUCGGGCUCGAGGCGGCCGCGACGGCGGGGACCGGCAGUCCAGAGCUCGUGGCUGUGCGCGCGCUGGUCAUCAAGUGGGCUUGGUUGCAUGUGACGCGCUCGCUGUCGCCACUCGUCGGGGCAUUCCUGGGCUUCACUAGCCUGCUGCGCGAGCUGGGGCUCUAA